UUAGCCAACGUCGUUCUACUACCUUAAACGACCUCCCUGUGGCAUUCGCCCACAUUCUGAUGGGGUGCUUCAUGUUGUUUGUUGAUUGUUGCUCAGCCUUCAAAAGAACCUUCCCAAUGAAACGGAGUGAUAAAUCGAACACAGAGAAGCUCUCGUCACCUUUUACAGAGAAGAAAGACUGACUGUAAACAUUAGAAACGGGCACAGGAGGAAUGAGACGAGAGGGUUGUGAUUAAACCGCUCAGAACAUUGUUGGCACCCGUGUAAAGAGCAACGCUGAGGAGCCUCUGAAUAGAUAAGGAGAUAUUUAAAGACAGUAACCACCUCUACAACAGACUGUUCUCCCUGCUGCCUCCUGGAAAGAGAUACAGAAGUAACAGCUGCAGAAAAAAAACACACUGUAAUUUUCAAUUUUCCUUAAAUCUGUUUGAUAUUUUGAUAGUUUGAUAGUUUGAGCUUGAGUGUCAGAUGAUAUGAUCAAUGCCAAUUUAAAAUCAGUGUCUAAUCAAUCUUCUCUUCCAACAUCAUCAAACAAGUUGAUUCCCUAAGAUCUUUUAAUUGUGGCUUAAGUGGAGCUUCUUGAAUAAUUACCGUAUUACACAAAGAUUGGGUAAAAUGUUGCAGUAUUCUGUGAUGAAUUAGAUUUCCACAUUAAAACAGUUUCAUGACCAUUUCAACAGCUUAAUUUGACCAUUAUUAAUUUGCGUAAAUUAAUUCUAUGCUAUUUUAGAAUAAAACCCUAUAUGUUGGACAAUAUAUUCACAUAGCUUCAAUGUGUCAGGACAACAGUACAGAUUUAUAUUUUGAAAACUGAGACACAGUCGAUUCAUCUCACAACUACAGAUAACGCAUAUAAAGGUAGUUUUAAUGGUCAGAUCUACAGGUGUAAAUGUUAGAACGUUAAUAUGAACCUUUGGUCGAAAUAUUCUGCAGCUUUUUUCCAGAAAGGUAGAGGUCAAAUAUUCCCACGAGGGGUCGGGUUGGUUAAAGCUUAAACAACAAACCAGGUGGCAAACUGACUGAGGAAUGAACACUGCCACAACAUGGCAACCCUACACUAGUCCUGUAAAAGGGGUUAGAGCUGAUCCAAAACAUAUAAAUAAUUGAUUUACUAUCCAUUAAUAAAGCCAUAAUUACAACAUGUAAAUCCUGUACAAAACCUUAAUAGACAAUAAUAGAUUUCAUAAGUUAAUAAUUGCACCCAAGGUUUAGGAAAUACGGAAAUAGUAGAUCUUCACUUAGAAUCAAAGUUGCUUGAUAAAUAGAAAAAAAAGACAACAUCUUUUUGUCAACAUUGCGUUACGUCAUCGCCGCCUCAGCCAACCAGAUCGCUCGGUGCUCGUAGUCGGAGGCAGUGUGGGAGGAAUAUUCUAUCGGUGGUUUAAAUAGCGAAGCAGGCUCGAGGGGAGAUGUCAACAUUAGAUGCGAGAAAAGCGUCACGCACCAUGUUUGCAUCUGAAGACGUGACGGACUAACCCACGGGAGGACGUGUGUUGGAGCGUUCGACUGGCGCAAGGAUUUCCGAGCGAAACGCGAGAUCGAUAAUUAAUCUAGAGACCAUGAACUACGUGGGUCAGUUGGCGGGCCAGGUAUUUGUGCAGGUCAAGGAGCUUUACAGGGGGCUCAACCCUGCGACGCUGUCUGGAUGCAUAGACGUCAUCGUGGUCCGGCAGCCCGACGGCUCCCUGCAUUGCUCCCCCUUCCACGUACGCUUCGGCAAGAUGGGAGUGCUGCGCUCCCGCGAGAAAGUGGUGGACAUAGAAAUUAACGGAGAGCCAGUGAGUUUGCACAUGAAGCUGGGGGAGAACGGAGAGGCCUUCUUCGUUGAAGAGGCUGAGAACACAAUGGAAAUCGUUCCGUCCUACCUAGCAACAUCGCCCAUCAUGUCAACCGGGGCAGAGUUAAUGGAGUCCCAUUUUGGAAGGCGCAGUUCUCGUCACCAUGACGCCAUCCUCUGCAGCUCACUUGCUAUCCAGAGCCUAGGACAGCAGCAAAGUGAUGGAGGGAUCAUCAAGAAGAGGAGGAAGAGGAGGAAGAAGACACGGCCAGAGGCAGGCGGGGGAGGAGGAGGAGGAGGAGGGAGGAGAGAGGAGAGCGGGGGAGAGUUCUCUGAGGACCAGGACAUGUUUACUAUUGACUUGAGCUCGGAUGAGGAGAGAGACGGAGACAACAGACCUGCGUAUGGAGAUCAGGGGGCGACAAAGCACAGCAGCGAUUGGAUGUGUUCAAAGAGUCAGACGAUUAAGGAAAAUCUCUCAAUCCCUCCAACCUGUGGUCUGUCCAUCUCUUGUCCGCAGACGACUUCUCACUUUUCCACCCCUCUUAGCAGCCCCGGCAAUUCUAGGUCUUCAACACCAAAGAGCGACUCAGAGCUGACCAAUGGGAGCAAAGACAACCCUGAGAUGUUGUGGACUUGGGGGGAACUUCCACAAGCGGCUCAGCCACCCUUCUUGACUUCCCUCCAGAAGAAGAACCCGGCCGGAGCGCUCUCCAUCCCAGUGUCAGCCGCCACUCAUUUCAGAGCCGUCAGUGACACGGAGUCGCCCUCCUUUGCUCUCCAGGCUCCCCGGCCAGGGGAGACCGCUGCUCACGAUGGGGCCAAGGACACCGAGGAGAGCAACGAUGGAGCCGUGGUGGAACUGCCCACCAAGACUGAGGGCACGGCUGAAGCGAGAGAGGUGGAAUGUGUCGGUCCAUUAUGUCCGGAGCUGGAGGGCUUCACGGCCUGUUCAGUGUCUCCCAGGAUUCUCCUUGAUCGUCUUGAUGAAUUUGAGAAUAGAAGAAGUCCCAUUAGAAGUACAGAUUCUCCAUCCAAGAGGAAAGAAAAGAGAAGCCAACACCUCGGUUCUGAUGGCGUUUACCUGGACGAUAUUACAGAGCUGGAGCCUGAAGUAGCUGCUCUGUACUUCCCCAAAAGUGACGCAGGCGGCAGCUCAAUGAGAGGGGACUCCGAGCUGAUGAUGGCGAUGGGAGUGCGGAGUGCAAAUCAGUCCCCACAGUCAGUGGGCAGCAGUGGGGUGGACAGCGGCGUGGACAGUUUGUCCGACCAAGUCGGGGACCUGCCUCACGUGGCCAUAUCUCUGUGCGGAGGACUCACUGACAACAGCGAGAUCACAAGAGAGCAGUUCCAGGAGAGGGCAAUUUCCUUCCAGAAGUUCUCUGAAAAUCCUUCUAUAAUCGACGAUCCAAACCUGGUGGUCAAGAUAGGAAGCAAGUACUACAACUGGAGCACAGCAGCUCCUGUCAUGUUGGCCAUGCAGGUCUAUCAGAAACCGCUGCCACAGUGUUCGUGUCUGAGCUACGUGUUUUCUGCUUUCGGGCUCUUCUCGUACUGCCUCCCCGGCCUGUUUGGCUCUGGCGCCUCCCGGCCUGCGUCAGUGGAGAACAUCAUGAAGGAGAAGAUGCCAAAGAAAGGAGGACGCUGGUGGUUCUCGUGGAGGAGCCGGAAUAGCGACUCCAAAUCAGAAUCCGUGACUGAAGCAGGUGGAGAAGGUGGAGAAGGUGGAGAGGGCUCACUCGCUCUGCCCGCAGGAAACAGGAUGAAGGACGAGUCGUCCUCCAGUGAUGAGGACCACGCAUUGUCCAUCCAGGCGUCAGGAUCCUGCCAAUCGGAGCUCCCUGGCAGCGUCUGUUUUAAGAAGACUCUUCGGCUAACCUCGGAGCAACUGGCAGGCCUGCAGCUGAAGGAAGGUCCUAAUGACGUGGUGUUCAGCGUGACCACUCAGUAUCAGGGCACCUGCCGUUGCCGCGGCACGAUCUAUCUUUGGAGCUGGGAUGACAAGAUAGUCAUCUCGGAUAUUGAUGGUACCAUUACCAGGUCAGACACCCUUGGUCACAUCCUCCCCACACUAGGUAAAGACUGGACCCACCAGGGCAUUGCACGGCUCUACCACAAAGUCAGCCUGAAUGGAUAUAAAUUCAUGUACUGCUCAGCGAGGGCCAUCGGCAUGGCUGACAUGACACGCGGAUAUCUGCACUGGGUCAACGAGAGGGGUACCAUGCUGCCAAUAGGCCCCGUGCUGCUCAGUCCCAGCAGCCUUUUUUCUGCCUUACACAGGGAGGUGAUUGAGAAGAAACCAGAGAAGUUUAAGAUUGAAUGUCUCGGAGACAUAAAGCAUCUGUUCUUACCCAACACUGAGCCUUUCUACGCUGCUUUCGGCAACAGAGCGACGGAUGUGUAUUCCUACAAGGAGGUGGGCGUUCCGCUGAACCGGAUAUUCACUGUCAAUCCCAAGGGAGAGCUGAUACAGGAGCACGCCAAAACCAAUAUCUCUUCCUUCGAGCGUCUGUGCGAGAUGGUUGACCAUGACUUCCCGGUCCUGGCUCUGGAAGGGGAAGCUGACACUUUCGACCAGGUCAACUACUGGCGUGAACAAAUUCCUGACGCCACCAACGAGCAAGAAGAAGACCCGCAGACCCUUGAGACACGCUGAGAAAAUAGGUCCUUGAGUGCGGGGCUGGGGGCGGCGUUGGUUUCUUAAUUCAACGUAAAGUCGACAGCCCAGUUUCCGAGUGAAGGUGUUGGUUAUUUUAAAAUCAAAGAACCUUUUCUGAUAAACUACUGAACCGCCAGCUCACUCAAGGAUUAAGGAUUUCAGAUAAGUUACUGCGACUACUGAUAUUCAAUAUGCCACUUGGACCAACCACCUUGCCACCAGUGAACAGGCAGCAUACAAGCAGAUUUCAGGGUUCAUUGAAAAUAAGACUACGGAUUUCUUUUUAUAAAGAAAAGAAAUCGUGGCUGAAUUUUGACACUUGCUUGUGAGAGGGCUAAGUGACAAAUUGCUCAAUGCUGUCAAACAGUCACAUGACAUUCAUUUUAACGUGCACAGACUCACACUGCACUGAACCUGGGAUCCCUGGCCAUCCCUUCUUUCUUGUAUCACCCUGAAAAAGCUCUUUAAAUAGUAACUAAUAAUCUUACUGAAAUGUAAGGACCCACCUUACAAAUUAGAUAACAACACAGAUAUUUACGAUAUUUACCGAUUCGCAGAUUCUACGCCGGACAAGCUUCAACAAUCCAUAAUAAAACAUUAAAGACAUGUACCGUUCAGCUUUUAGAACCUCUAACCUGUUGGUGCAUCGUUCAUUUUAAGGAAGCAAAUUAUACAUUUUACUUAUCAUAUGCAAUAUAUACACCAAAUAGUAAGAAGAGAUAGAUAGCCUUGGUUACACCUGGCCCAGGUAUGUAGCUGUUGUAAUCUUUUCUGACCUCUAGUACAAUACAGCACAACAAGUUGCUACUUAAACACCCUAUAACAUAACAUUUGACAACAUAACAUAACAUUAAGCCAUCCAGAACAUGCAAAAAAGAGCACAGCUACUGUAUCCAUUAAUAUUUCUAAGGCAAACUACUUUGCAGGUCCAGCUAAAUGUGCGUGGCCUGCUGACUGUGCUGUGAAAGGGGAAAGAUGCUCAGUGAAGAAGCACAAGAUGAAUGCAAAUGACUACCAGUGAAAACCCUGCAAUGUAGAAUAUAAUUGACUUAGCAUGUAUGUUAUUACAUUUAAUUAUUUAUAACGUAAAUCAAUCAAUGAAAUUACUAUAGAAGCUAAAAGAAAACUAAUGGGGAAUUAACCUUUUGAACUGUUGAUGUUCAUAUGCCGUUGGGUAGACCUGUGUGAAUUGUUUUAACAGAAGAGAUGUGUAGGGCGCAUGCUGA